GCGUUCGAUAUAAAUUACAGAAAAUUGGAGUAAGUCACAUCAAUCCAAGCGCAUUUGUUGUCUUAACCACAACUCAACCCGUAACAAAUCCGGUACCAUGAAAUUCGCAGUGAUCUUUGUCGUAGCUCUUUUCGGUGCGGUCAAUGCCGGCUACAUUGUAAGCCACGGAGACGCCAGUGGACACGGAGGUCACUCGAGCUCUUACAGCAGCAUCGGUUCUAGUGGACUCCGUAGCAUUGCACAAGGUUCAGCCAGCCAAGCUCAUUCUGCUGCAGCUCAACAACAUGCCGCCGCCCGUCAAGCUUCCUAUGUUGCUAAGAGCACCUUGGCUCAAGCCGCUGUUCAAGCCGCCGCCACUGCCCAAGCUGCACUUGCUGGAAAGAGCGUUCUAUUGCAAAACAUCGAGCAACAAUACGCCGAAGCAGAACAGGCACUCCAAGGUGAGCUGGCGCAGUUGCAUUUAGCUGAACAAUCCGCAGCUUCCGCUCAAGGUGCUGCUCAACAAGCCCAAACCCACGUCAACGUCUUGACUGGUGCUUUGAACAGUGCCCAAGGUGUCUUAGAACAUGCUCAAGGUUCCGCUGCUGCUGCUGCCUCAGAACUUGCAUCUCAAACUGAAAUGGUUGGCAAAGCCAAGGCCCGCCUCCAUGCUCUUGGAUCCCAGUUGGAAGCCGUCCGCGGAGACUUCGCUAUUACCCAACAAGCCGCUGAAAAGGCCAGCCUUUCCGCCCAAGCUGCGCAAAACAAUGCUGCUGCAGCCGCUGCAAAUGCUGCCCACGAACUUGAACAAUCCGCCGCUGUUGCAGCUCAUGGUACCAUUGCUGAUGAAUCAUACGGACACGCUGUUAUCACCAUCAAAGACAAAUACCAUCAUUAAAUAAUUGUGAUUUACGUAGGUCAUUAGCAGUAUUAAAAAAAUUUUGAAUAAAAUACGUUUGGAAAAUUUUUAAAAUUAAA